AUGGCAGCCAAGUGUGGGAAGGACGUAUAUGGGCCAGCUUUGGUCAAUGGAUAUCGCAUCCUCGCAGAACAGCGUAUCAUUUACUAUCCUCCGACGGCCUCCGUUCCACGUCACCUGAUAUCAUUUUCCAGUUAUUCAUGGUUGUUGACUACUAUGCGAGACAGUCUUGUCAUCUUAUCUAUUAUCGCUCUACUUGUUGCCUUGCGUGGUACACUGCCGCUACUCAGGUCGCUCCUGUGCCUUGGGGAUGCGAGUUAUGUUCUGUUUUUGGGUGACGUGUUACGGGUAUCUCGCUUGCUCAAUAUAUUUCUUGGCGCUUACGACGCAGUCACCCCUUUGAGGGUGGGCGAUCUCCAGACUUUCCUCACGUUUUGUUUGUUCUCAGUGACUGCUGCGCCCUGCGACUACCUCAGUUUGACGUGCUUCAUCGUGACCGCUUAUGAAGGUCUUUCGCUAUUAGCCUUACUCAUUCAUAAGCACCUGCUGUGGCUUCCUCCUGAUAUCAAGAUUAUUCCUAUUGAAUACAGCGGCUACGUACGUUCAGUCGUUGACCCUCUAAACACUCACAGGCCGAUGGUAUACUUUAAUCGCCUCAACGUCUAA